AUGGGUGAAAGCGAAGGCGGAGCAGAUAUCCCUGACAUCCCCUUUAGGCGUCCUGUAAACCAGUCAUCCAUGCCGUCGCACUUUCAAGAGGUUUGGGAAGAUGAGGACAAUGACUGGACCACACAUCAAAGACCCAUUGUCAUAGCCCACAGACACGAAAAGAGUUCUGUACAGUCUCCUGAGAAUCCUCUGAGCAGAAAAAUCGGGUCCAUCGAGCCCACCCAUGUCCCGCAGAGGCAUACCUCGCCUAGCCCCACGAGAACCCCUCGAACACGAUCUUCUAGGUCAAGGGCCAAUUCAACAACCUCUUCAUACCAAACAAAUAACACCUCACUCCCGCCUCUCCAGACCAAAGGCGCGGGCGAUGAUGAGAUCCCCGAGCCGUUGGCUGAGGAGGAAAUUGAACCGGGCUCCUUCGACCUCGUAGUACCGUCGCACGGUGAUAAUGGACAGUACUCGUUGGAAGCUCGGUCCGAACUCCUUUUCUCAAAAGACCACCUGAAGGCUAUUUUCAGAGACUAUAAUCUCCUCAGGCGAUUCACCGACUUCAUCAACUCCGUUCGCCCCGCCUCACUGCCCCUUUUGACAUACUACCUUGACUGUCUAAAGGCACUCCGCGCUAUCGCUUAUGCGAACGCUAUUGCAAAUGGCUUGGAUACCUUGCCUGGAUAUGAGUUUUCGUCAGGCAAUACCAACAUGACAUGUAACAGCUCACUGGAGAAGAAAGCAGAGGCUGCUUUCGACAUUCUCGUGCAAGAGGAUCUCCCUGCUUACAUCACCUACACGUGGAUACAGACAGUUAAAUUCCACCGAACAACUCAGUAUGGGAUGAAUUACGCCAUUGGUCGCAAUUGUCGUUUUCUUCAAGGCCCAAAGACAAAUCCUUACAGCGUGAAGCGGCUACGUGAUAAAUGCCUAGCCGGAAAAGAGCACUACGAAACGUUCCUCAAUUAUCGCCGAGAUGGCUCGCCCUUCAUGAACCUGCUUAUGGUGGCGCCGCUCUACGAUAGCCGCGGAACAGUACGCUACUUUAUUGGCGCACAGGUGGAUGUCUCAGGUCUCGCCAAGGAAAAUUCCGGCCUCGAAGCCCUGCAGAGUCUCGUCGCUGAGAGAGAGGCCGCCGAUAUCACCCCUUUUAGUGGGCAUAAUAACUACGAAGAUGAGGAUGAAGAAAGGGAUGAGUUCCGGGAACUCAGUGAGAUGUUCAACAUGGCCGAACUCGAGACCGUUCGGAGACAAGGUGGAAAUAUGCACCGUGUACCUCAAGACGAGAACCAAACCGCUACAUCGACAAACUGGCACAAGCCCCGCAUCCUGAUACAAGACGAAUACUCACCCGUCCACCAACCAGCGACACCACUCGCCAGCGGCAAACUUUCGGGCGUCUAUGAACACUACCUCCUCGUUCGACCCUUCCCCAGCCUCCGCAUUCUCUUCGCUUCGCCGUCCCUACGGCUACCGGGUAUCCUCCAGUCCAACUUCAUGGACCGCAUAGGCGGCUCCAAUCGGGUUCGCGAGGGGCUUUCGCAUGCUUUCGCCGACGGUCACGGCGUCACAGCCAAAGUUCGCUGGGUUAGCAGGUCCAGCAGCGAGGGACGAAUGCGCUGGAUACACUGUACGCCCCUCCUCGGCAGCAACGGUGCCGUGGGCGUAUGGAUGGUCGUCCUCGUCGAUGACGAGACUGAGGCAGGGGUCAAAUACCGUAAAGAAGCGCCCCCAGUUAAUGGACGUUUGCUCAGGGCGGGGGCUUUGGGUCAGCAACAACCACGCCCAUCCUUCGACGAUAACAUGAGCCUAUCGGGCUUUGCCGCCAUGAAUAGGCCACUCAACGACGCCAACGGGUCCGUCGCCGACCAUGGCCUGGACGGGCUCGACCGCCCCUUGAGCCGCGCGAGCCAUGGAAGCUUGUCGAGUCGAUUGAGCCGGGCGCUUGUCAGUCCAUCACUUCGUCCCGUGACCCCUCAUGGUGUCGACGACCCCGACGGGGGCCCGGCUCGACCUCCGUAUACGGUAAGGUUGGGGGAGGAUUGA